UAUUAUUACGAAAAACGCGGCAUGGCAACGUCCCUUGAGUGCAGCAUUUUGCGACGUAGUACGAAAUGUAACAAAAAUUUACCUCAUUUUCUGCACAAAAAAAGUUAAAAAAUAUUAUCAUUGAAAUAUUUAAACCAAAACAAUUGAAAUUGAUUUUAGAAUAAAUAAAACCAACGGGCAUCGUCAGUUUUGCACUCUAUUUUGCUUUACUGCUAAAUAUAAAAAAAUUAUUAUUGCAAUGGUAAUUAAAGAUUCAGGAAUUUCUUUGUUAAAAUCUGACAACUGACAACGUUGCUCAACAUUUCUAACCUAAAAAUAUGAAUGUCAUAUGAACGGGCGGAAAAGUAAAUUAACGGAAAAGUAAAUUAAAAUAAUUUUAAUUUACUUUGUGGUGUGUUUGUGAUAUUUUGUGACUAUAUUUGUUUGACAAUUUUGUUUAUAAUGGGCCUUCGUUACUGCUGUGUUCCCGGCUGUUUAAGCAAUACGGAGACUGAUAUGGGUCUUAGCUUCUUUUCAUUCCCAUUGGAUCCAAAAAGAUGUUCUGAGUGGGUUAAGAACUGCAACAGGCAUGAUUUUAGAGCAAAAUCACCUAUAGAUUUGCAUAGAGGGUAUAGAGUUUGUGGAAAACACUUUCAACCUACCAUGUUUGCGGGAAUGUCUCAAAGCCGUCUAAAGAAAUUUGCUGUUCCAACUUUAUUGAUGUCAGACAAUUCCAUGAUGGAAGUUGAAGCUACUAUUCCUGCUGUUCCUAUUACAUCUGAAGCGGUUUCAGAAUCUACUUCACCAGAUGUAAUUGCUAUUCCAUCAACAUCCAAGGAAGUUACAUCUGAAGCUGUUUCGGAAUCUACUUCACCAGAUGUAAUCGCUAUUCCAUCAACAUCCAAGGAAGUUACAUCUGAAGGUCAGUAAAAUAUUUUAUAAACACAAGGCUGAAUACAGGGUGGCGCACCUCAUUCAUCUUGGUUGAUUAUACGAAAACGUAAAGAUAUAGAAACAAAAUAUUUUAUGGGUAUAUGUGGAAAGACAAUGUACUUAAUUUAAAAUUAUUUUAAAAUGUACAGGGUGUGUCAGGACUAAGAUCCAUACCAAAGUUAUAUUUUUUCUUAUGGAACACACGGUAUUUUAUUUCACUUUGGGAUUCUUGGACAUAAAAUAAGGUAUUUAUUAUAAGGGUUUAAUAUGUUUAAAAGGUUUGGUUUUUGAGAUAUUUAAAUACAUUUAAAUAUGCAUGUUAUAAUAACAAAGUUU